AUUUUUUUUUCAAAAUCUAAAUAUCCGAACCCGAUCCGAAAUAACCGAAUCCGAACUAAAAAUACCCGAACCCGACCCGAAGUACAGAAAUACCCGAACGGGUUCUAGACCUCUAUACCGAAAUACCCGAAAAUCCGAAAUACCCGAUCCGAACCCGAACGGGUACCCGAACGCCCACCCCUAGUAGGUACUGUGGAUAAACAUUAAAUGUCUUAAUAUACUUAGCCCUGUCAAAAACGGAGCGAGCCGGCUCAGCCUGCCGACGUCUCUAGAUAGGGGAGAUCACAUGUGCUUCUUCAAUAAAAAAAUCUCAGAAUAAUUCCAAAGUUGGUUUAGAACUCAUAAGAAAAUGAAUUUUUUGUUAGGCCGAUUUCUGUGUGGCCUCAAAAAGAAGUAAAGUCACCAUCGAUUAAUCAUCUAGAAAAAUUGUUUUGACUUUAGUAAAGAUCACAUCACCUCUUCUUCUUUGGUUAUCCUGCUCCUGUGUACUCCUUGAUUAGGGCUUCAACAUCUUUCCACAAUAAACCCUCAACAAGAACUCCAUCUUAAGUGAGCUUUUAAUACACAAAACAAAAGAAAUUAGGCUAUGCAACGGAUAUUGCUUAACCCAAAGUUACCCUAAUCCCCAGUUAUACAUACUGAAUUUACAAAAUAUAAAUACUUGAAUUAUUCUAUCAUAUUUUAUUGUUUAUGAUCUUGCAAAAUUUAGAAACAAUAUGUAAUCCCCUUCUGUUAAUUUUUUUUUGGGAUGAAAUAUCAAAUUUAUUGAUCAAUAUGGAGAACAUUUACAGUGGAUCUAUAAGAAAUUCUAUAAAGAGAAAAAAAAAUCAAUAGAAUAAAAGAAUUGGCUGUUGAGAAAAACUAAUGUGUUGCAAACCAUCUUCUGAGCAAUUCCUCGAGUCUAUGAUUUCUAGUGUCUCGAAGAAAUGAUAUACGAUUACGCAUGAGCUUAUCAAUACUAGAGUUUCGUUCCCUCCAAAUAGCAUAAAUCACUGACUGGAAGCUUAGCUGGAUGAGUAUGCUGUCCAUAUUGCUCCUAGCUGUAUUCGUCAAAUCAAGCAUUAUUGAAACAAAGGCGAAAGCAUUACGCAUAUUAUCUAGUAUCUCGGCUAACAGGACGUCCAUGUCGAUGGGCUGAGCUGCUGGUGGUGGUGGAAAAUCAUUGGGGAGAUUUUGAAGACCGAAUGGCGUGGCACCAGAUGGUGGGACGAUUCGGUUUCCGUUAUCGUCAGUUGUGGGUUGUUAGCAUUCACGGCGGUGGGAUUUGGCUGGUUAGAUCCGUUCAAGGAGUUGUUGUUGUUUUUGUUGGUAGCAGCCAUAGUGAUUUGUGUUUCACAUCGGUUUUUAGCUUAGUAGCCACAUUAGCAGUGCUUGGGAUGAUUUUAGGUGCGGCAUAUAUAUUCCCUUUGGCGGAUUGCAAGAAGGAGCUGGUCAAAGGUUUGGACCAAUCACAAUUUAUCACCAUUUUGUCUGCUUCUAAUUUAUUAGCAAGAGGUUGGCAUUAUGAAUAUGGAUAAUUUUGAUGAAUCUCUCUUCCUUGUAGCGUCAAAUGGUCAUGAAUAGGAUUUACAGAAAUAGAAACUUGACUGAUAAGUAAGCUUGAAGGAGAAAGAUUAAGCUACGAUUAACUAUGGAAAAUGGGUGUUUUAUUUAUGAUAUUGAAGAUGAAUAGAAGGGGUGCUUGCUAACAGUAGAGAUUGUAUGUGAUUAGAGUAUUGUUUAGCUAUCAAGAGUUCGGAUCCCUUGUCUUUGGUUCUUCCUUUUCCUUUUAUAGGUCUUCUAGGUGGACAUAACGGUGGCGUGAUCUCCGGUGUGAACCGUCUGCUUUAAUAAUGAUGGCUUAUAACACUCUUGAUUUCUUUACGUUUUCAGUUGACCCUUCUGAAUUUGGUAUGUUUUACUUCUUGAGUCUGGGUGGGCUUUGACCUUCGUGGGUCUUUGUUUCCUUUUUGGACCUUGAUGGUGAUCGAAUCCGGACUACAUCGCUUUCAUGUUAGGAUCUCAAACUGGGUCCGGAGCUGGAUGAAACCGGAUUCCAAACUCCAACAUUGAUCAUAAAUAUGUUUUCUCUAUAACUACGAAAAUAGGUUUAACUGAACUGUGCAUUGUUUAAAAUUUGGUCGUCCGUCUAGGUCUAAGUUUAACCACGCAUCCUUGAAACCACAAUUAUCUAAAUCUGACUCUUUGUUUUGUUUUGCUUCAGAUCAGUUUGCUUCCGUUCUGAGAGCUUGGAGACGGAAACGUGGUUAAAGUUUUUUGGUUAAUCAAAAGAAUAAUUUUAGAUCUAAUCAUAAAUAUGGUAAGGAAGAUGUAACAUAUAAUCAUAGACCCUAAAAAGUAUGGACCAUAAUGGCAACAUGUGGUUUAACUGUCACAUUAACAAGUUGUUAAAGUACUUACUCACUGUAUUUAGAUCAACUAGUUAAUUUGUUUUUCUCGUUCUUAAAGUUUUCUUCUUUUUUUUGUUCUUAAAGUUCACUUUUGAGUCUAUCAGGCUAAUUAAGAAUUCACCACCAAAAUAAAAACACAUAUGGAUAUUGUCACAUGACAAAAUCCCUAAAAGACUCAAUUCUAGAACCUACAAAGAAACGUAAAUCUCACAAAGUGAUUCUCUCCAGCGGUGUAACAUCUUUUGGGGUUAAUCUCCAAUUAUUGCGCAUACUCUUUUGUUGGGUAACUUGUUCUUAGAACACUUUAAAGUUAAUAACUAAUAAAUGUGUAUAUACAGGGAAACCAUAUUCAAUUUGUUUGUAUACAAUAAGUCAUCAAAAAUCAAGAAUAACAAUAAUUCAUGCUUACAGAAAAGUCCCAUAAAUCUAGCCUUGUUAAAAAAAAGUCUCGUAAACUAGAAGCAUAGUGUCUACAAUCGAGUUUGUCCAAGCCGUUAAGAGAUAAAUGAUAUUUUGUUUGCGCAACCAGUAUAAAUUGUUUCUUUUUUUUUAACACUGAAUUUUAUUCAUUAUUCACGAGUAUAAAUUGUUUCUUUUUUAACAACCAGUAUAAAAUGUUUCUAUGUCGCCAAAAAUGAUGUCUUUUAAGUUGAUUCAUUUCUACAUAUUCUAUUGAUUUUGUAGAACUGUUUCUCUUGCUGUUAUCUGUUAAUAUUUUUUGUUAACCUGAAUGGUGAAUGAACUCUUUAGAUUAAACCUUUUUCUUUUUUUUUUUGAGAAAAUAAAUCAUUUGUUUGUACUACAGAAAAAAAAAACAUAUUGACAACUAUGGUAAAAAUAUAUAUAUGUUUCAAAAAACCAUUUUAACACCUAUGGUAAAUUAUAAUAUUUUUAUUGGUAAAAUCUUACGAUAGUCAGCACAUAUAUUUAUGUUUCAAAAAGUGAUUAACCCUGAAUGUAAGCUAUAACUGUAAAAAUAUUACGCAGAUUAUUUUGGAUUGGGUUGCAACUUAAAUAUACACAAUAUUUAUUAAAUAUUAAUAUUUUUCUUACAACAAAUCUCAUAUAUCUUGUUUUCAAGUUAAGAUCUCAACUUUCUUUUUAUAUUUCAUUGACUAGCGGUUUAUGGUUUUGUACCAUCAUCAUGUCAUUAGGUUCCGUAUUUUUUAUUUACAACGGAUGGCUAUUAUAUUAUUUAAACUUGAAGUGGUCUGGUUAUCAACAUGUCAUUAGGUCCUGUUUUUUUUUUUUACAGCGAACAACUAUUCUAUUAUUCAAACUUGAGAUGGUCAGGAAUAGAACAACCAAUGUAACAGAAUUCCUAUGAAAAGAUCUAACAAUCUUAGCUAAAAAAUCUGAAUUUCCAUUUUGUACCCUUGGAAUAUGAGAUAUCUUGAAAUCUGAAAGCAUAUAUGCAGCGUCUUUAUAGCCUUCAGUUAUGUUGCAAAUUUGGCCAAGCUUAACUCUUUUAUCAUCGUGAUUACAUCUUUGCAAUCUGUCCCCAAGCUCAAACAUGAAGAAUGUUAUAACAUGCUCUCCAUUAUCCAUCGCAGUGUUUCUACUUCCGAAUGUAAAGCAAUCUCUCGCCUCCUUAAGUUUCGCAUUUCCAUGAGCUGAAUAGUAGUUCUAAAAUUAUCAUUCCAAACCAAGUCACAACCACUGAACUAUGAUGUAGAAGUCUAUGAACCAUCCACGAUGAAGAUAUUAUUCAGGCUUAUGAUUUGGAGUUCCUCCCUACUAUACUCUUGUGGAACGGGAGUGAUUUUCAUUUGCAUUAAACCAGGCUUGACUUUUAUUUUUUGCAUAUCGGACUAGCUCCAAAAAAUCUCUAUUAAUCCCCCUAAAAAGUUUGGCAUUCAGAGUCUUCGAGAUAUACUAGAUUAUUUAGGGAUCUUGUCCACUUCUAAUUCAACAAUGCUAUUCUUUCUUAAAAAAGAUAAAUUAUUGACAAUAUUUAUUUAAAAUGUUGAAAAACCAAGUGUUUCUCUACCAAUAAAGGUGCGGUAUUAUAAAACAGUCAAAAGCCUCAGAAAAAUAUGAGGUAUAUGUACAAGCCAGCAAGAUAAAGCAUGUCUUGUCUCCAACGCAACAACAGCCAUACGUUCUCUCUUAUGUCUUAUUGUAAUUUUUUAUAUAACAAGUUUAACCAGUUUUUACCACAAUACAGCCUGAAACAUGAAGUUCCAUCGUAAAGGUUUUAGUGAAAUCAUGUAUGGCCCAUAACAACUAUCUAUGAACUAUUCAAAAUCUUAAUGUGAGAAACAAAAGCUGAAGUUAAAGAGUUUACCAGUAGGCAGUAGUCAUGUGAACCGAAACUGAAGUUUAGAGUUUAUCAAGAAGAUCACUUUUUUUCCACAUUACCAAAAAAAAAAACACUUUCAAAAGUAUAAAGUAUAGAUAUCCCAUCUUUCAACAACAACAAAAAUAAAGUAGUCAUCUACAUCAUACCAUAAUCAAAUUAAUCACCCCUAUAUUCCAAACCACACACAAAUACAUGCAUUUAGGUAUCUUUUUCUUAGUUUUUUCUUUUCAAAUAUCUUUAAUCAUACCUAAUUUUCUUUAUUAUUCCCAACAUUUGAUUUGAUAUAUGUAUUUUCAAAAAUAUAUAAUAUGUUUUUCUUUUCGGUAAUUUUUCUAUUCAUCUUAAAUAUGAAUCAAAUUUCACUUGAGACAACAAUUUUGUAAUGCAUCUAAUUUGCCUUAAAUAUUUUUUUCAGUUCACAUCAAAACAUUCGAAUAUGUAUUGUCAGCCUAUUGGUUAAUUUUUUUUUUUUCUUAAAAUGUGGCCUAUUGGUUAAUUUUAAACUCAAAAUUAAAAGAAUCUCUUUUUAGAGUAUUUUAAAAAGAAUUAGGAUCGAGACAUAAUCAUGAUGACAUGACCCACAAUUCCAAUUACACAUAAACUAGAACUCUUUUUUAUCAACGUUAACAGACAUCUCAUUCAAAAUUCUGUCUAUAAUGCGACUUAACAUUCAACAUGAAAAUCACAAACAGAGCAGAAACAGAAACAGAAAAAGAUAAGAAAAGACAGAACAAACAAACACAAAACCAAACAAGAGAAUCAAGAAUCUGCAGACCUUUGUGUUGCAGCAACAAAGCGAGACUCAGCAUUUCGUCUUCUUCUUCUUCUUCGGUGGAAUUAGACAGGCAUUCUAAUUUCUCAGACCAGCACUGUUCGCUCUCUAGCCUAACACACUACAUGGUUCAGGAGAAGCUAGAGCAGAUGAUCAGAGAGACACAAGAAGCCACACACCAAGAGAAGUUAAGAGAACAAAUGAUGAGGAGGAGGAGAAGAAGAAGCAAGAGUAGCAUCAGUAACACUAAGUUCAUAGUGAUGAUGGCAAUGGAGAAAUGUUCUUAUGAUCCAAGAGAGGAUUUCAGAGAGUCCAUGGUCGAGAUGAUUGUUGCAAACAAGAUCAGAGAAGCAGAUGAACUUAGAAGCCUCUUGGAGUACUAUCUAUCAAUGAAUCCUCGCGAAUAUCGGUCUGCCAUUCUCGAGAUCUUCUACGAGGUUUGUGCUGAUUUGUUCUUGUGUUCGUAACUAAAAGAGUACAAAGAUCACUUGUUUCUUUCAGUUGUUUGUGUAAGAAGAUACAUCGGUUUUGUAACGAACCGGUUUUCUAAGUAAUAAAUAGACUGAAUGGUACACCUUUGUAAA